GCCCCACAGGCCACGUUUGGGAGCCAUUCGCCGGUUGAUGCAUGUGGCAGGAAUUCCAGUACCAGAGGAACCGCAAAGGGCUCGACAAAUUGGUGAGGCCUCUUCAUCCAGUGCAAUCUCAGAUUCGGAAGAUUCGUCCAGUUCUGGUGAGGAUUCAGACAAUCAUGAUGUUGCCCCAGAACCAGAGCCCACUCCAGUAGAACCAGAUGCACUCCCAUGUGCUGAAGUUCCCAUGGAUGAGGAAUCCCACCCACCGGUCCUGCCAGAUGAAGUGCCUGUCCAGGAACAUGCACUACCUGUUGGUGAGAGCCGGGUUCAUGCGGAUGAUGGUGGGGGUGAGCCCACCGUCACGCCCCCAAAGCAUUAUAAGCAUGACGUCCAGAAUGUCUUUGGCUUUUGGGUAUGCAAACAGUGCAAAGGGGAAGCGCGCACUUUGACCAUCAUGCAAUCUAUGCCCUGCAAUGCAGCUAUUGUGGAGAAGAUGAAAGAGAUUGAAAGGUUGAAGCAAAUCAAGAAGCAAAUGGACAUCCUGGUGACUCUUCAAGCCUUGAAAGAGCAGAAGGAAAGGGUUGAGGAAGCAAAGAUCGAUGCCUCCAUCAGCAAACUUGAUGCGGUUGUAUCUGCACCAUGCUUGGAUACUGAUGAGACCCAGCCCUUGAGUCCAAGUGUGGACAUUGAGGAAAUUGCCAAGACACUGGCAGUACCGCCUACAGACCCGACUUGCAAACAGUUGCAAUUUGAUCUCAAGCCUGAGACCCCGCCCAAGGAAACGGAACAUCCCACAGCAGAACCGCCCAAGGUCGACCAGAAACAGUUGAAACUUGAUCCCAAGCCUGAGGUGGCCCCGCCCUUGAAAAGGAAAGCCACAUCCCAGCUAGAAAAGGAACCGGAGGCACCAGAGCCGAACCCUGACCAGCUUGACAAGCCUGCAACUCCCAAGCAAUACCAGCCCCUGCCAUUGCCUGAAAAGCCAACUUGUAUUGAGUGCCCCAAGAAGAGCAUUCAGCCCAUCAGCCCACAACAGCAGCUGCAAUCUGUCAAAGAGAAGACUCAGACAGACGAACCUGAUGACACUGACGACCCAGGAACAAAAAAAGUUGCAGGCAAGGUGAAAAAUGAGGCAGUGUCAUCAACAGAGGAUCCUGCUGGUGACACUGUUGAGGAUCAAGCAAUUGAAGAGGUUCCAGAAGGACCCCCCAGAAAGAAGUGUAGGACCAAGAGAAAUCAAGCAAACAAGACAAAGUCCAAGGGAAAGAGCAAGAAGACUUCCAGGAAGGCCAAGAGAAAGAGCAAGAAGACUUCCAGGAAGGGACGCAGCAACAGCAAGCAUGGCAAAGUGAAAACCAGUCCAGGUGACAACGAUCCAGAGGACCCCCCGCACAAUGGGAGCACUGUAGUCCUUCUCAUCUUCGUGGGCUCAAUGGAGCUAUGGGCCUUGCGGCAGCUCUCGGCGAUGGGUUGCCACGACAUGUUUCUUUUUACUGUCAUCCUCUUGACUUUCACUGACAAUGUCGACUUGGGGCUACGAACGCAAUUCUUUGAAUGUUUCAGUGGUCAAGCUGCUGUGAGUCGUGUCUUCAAACGUGAAGGGGUCCCCACUGUAAGCUAUGACAUCGAGAUGGCUGUGUAUGAUGGUGGUUCUCCAGGAAGCACCGAACGCACUGUGUGGAAGGCGUCAUUUUGGAUGGCGCACUAUGGCCUGGAGAGUGCUAAACGGACAAUCUUCUGGGGGAACUCAGAAGAGCUGAUGGCUUCGAUGGCAACUGACAAGGAACUAUUCCAAAGCAUGCCCCUAGGUGAUACUUGGCCAGAGGCAGAACUUAUUCAGACUUGGGCCUACCUUUACCGCAACAAGCAUUUGAAGAUACCCGACAGCUGGCAAAGCACGUUGAAAGAGUUCCACGAGACUUUGAUGGACUCAGUGCUGGCUGAAGAUCCUGGGCGUGCUGCACUGAGGGCUGCAUACUGGCAGGAUGCCCAAACCCAACGGGACUUGUGA